UAUCCUUGAUGUGACCAUUCGUCAAAGCAGCGGCAUCUUUUUCUUUUUUCUUUCUUUCUUUUACCCACAAAACCAGUGUCCUCCUUCUCUGUUUCUCUCUUUCUCCUGAUCAGUCACAGUCGACAACACCAUUGAAGCCAUUGCGACACCUUCAAAAGAUCACUGUUUUUGGUAGAAAGAAACAAUGGAUUCUGUCCUCGAUGAACCUGUGGUUGAUACAGAAACCGAUAGAUUAAGCAGCUUACCUCACGAUCUUAUUCAUCAUAUUCUCUCUUUCAUGGACAUGAAAUACGCUGUUCAAACAUGCGUCUUAUCUUCAAAAUGGAAGUUCAUCUGGACUACCCUUACUCAUAUCAAAUUCUCAACUUCCGAAUUCCAACAAUUAGGUCAAUUUAUAAGAUUCGCAAGACACGUUAUAGCUAAUCGCAAUGAUCAAACCGAUGUUUCCUCACUUGAGUUCAAUUUCGAUGGAACACUCAGCCAGAUUCUCGUCAAAGUUCUUCUAAAUUACGUGGUAUCUCACAACAUUCGCAACCUAAACAUCUCCACUUUCGAAAGAGACAGAAAACUCCCAAAUUGUAUCUUCGAAUCCCAAUCCCUCAAACACUUCACCCUAAAAAACAUCCAUGAAGAUUACUGCAUCGCACCUCAGUAUCCUUGGGAUCUUCCAAAUCUAACCACUUUACAUCUCAACGACUUCGUAAUUUCUGAUGGAAGAAAUGAAAACCAUGAGUAUCUUGAUCUGUUCUCCAAAUGUGUAAAUUUGAAGAAACUGAGUAUCACCGAGUGUUACAUGUCGGAAGUGAAGGUUUUUAAGGUUUCAGCUCCAAGACUUGAGGAUCUGACUAUAACGGAUUGUUUCCUUAACAAGCUUUUCAUCUCAGCACCUAAUCUCUCAUCUUUUGUCUAUGGUGGUGAGUGCCCUUUGUGUCUUUUAACAAAUGGUUUCCAGAAUCUAGAGAAAGUGGAUCUUCAUCUCCCUAUGCCAAAUCCACUUUCUGAUUUUAAAAAGGAAGAUGCUUUCCAGCUUUUAAAGGUGCUCAAGGAGUUCCAUAGUACCAAAUUUAUUAAUCUUUACUCAGAUGUCAUUCAGGGGUUAUCCAUGAAUCCGGAUGUACUAUUAUAUCAACCUUCACCAUUCAACAACUUGAAGCAUUUAAAUAUACGCCAAGUGUCUCACAAAGGGAAAUAUUCCAUGUUAAUGGUUCCUAAUCAUGUCAAAAACUACUUCCUUUAUAGCUCUCCAAAUGCCACUAUUACAACCGAAGUGCCUAAGAUCAAAGAACUAGGUAUUGGAUCUUAUUAUGAGGCAGAUCAAAUAAUCAAUUUCGAUAUUUGACAAUCGUGCUUGGUAUUUGUGUCACAUUGAAGCUUUAUGGUUAUUUGUUUGAUUUGAAGUGCUUGUCUAAAAGUCUUGUGAUUGUGAGUAUCUAUGAAUAAAAAUGUAAAUAUUUAUGAUGUUUUUUGCAACACAUGCAAGUAAUGCCAAUAAAAAAGUGGUUCAUGGGUA